AUGAAAUCUUAUAGCCAAAACAACAUCAACAUAGCUAUGAAUAGCUAAAUUAAUAAUGCAAGCUAAUUAAAUUCUAAAGGUAAAGCCAUUAAUAUGAUAUAAAAACCACUUCGAACUGAGUGCUCUCCUAAGAAUUACUCGAACAAUAGCUUUACUUUAAACUAGACAUAGCCCUUUUAGCUUAACGCUAAAAGAAAUAGUAUAGAACCUACAAGCAUAUCACACAGAUUAGUAUAAAACUCAAAGAGAACAACACAUAACAAUUACAAUUAAAAUUAAAAUUCUUCCAAAGAAAAAGAAAAUAUUAAUAUUAUUGCUCAAUUCAGCUCUGUUCCAUCAUAAAAUAGAACAAGUUAACUUUAACAAAAUAGCAAAGGCUCUCAAAUCCAAAUAUAAAAUGCUUAAAAUUAAAUCUUAAACAACAGUGGUUAAAAGCUAUACUCUUCAAGAGUUACUACACAUUAAUUUGAGCAAAAGCUUAUAUAGUAGCAGUAACUGAAUAAUAGUUAAGUUUAACAGCUAAACAUAUAGCCCUUAGAUUUUCUUGAUAUGUCGAAAGGAGACUUAAAAUUAUCUCAAGUCAUUUCCCCAACUUCACUCUCAAGAUUAAACUCAUCAACUUCUUCCUCUUCAAAAGAGAAAAUUUAAUGCCAAAAAAGUCUUUCCAAAAUUAACUGUAAAAAUCAUACCACAGUCUAGGCACAUUAUUAUGUAAUAGAGAAUAGAGUAGUUAGUUACUUUUGUACUUAAUGUUCUGUAAACUUAGUAAAAAAAGGCUUGAAACUUCAUGAAAUAUUGAACUCAUAGUAAAGUUAAAAAAAGCCUUUACAAUAAGUCAAUAUUAACAAUAUUCAAUAGAAUAGCUUUAAUCCAACCUCUACUCCUAUGAAAUUGAGUCUUGGGUAGCACAAAAUGAUUAAUUUGAAUUUUAAUUAGGUUAAUAAUUAAAAAUCUAACUAGCAAAGAAAUAUUUCUAAUGUAACUAAUUCACCUAGCUCACAGUUAGUCACUCCUAGCAGUACUUUGCUAACACCAAGAUAAUAAACAUCUACUGCUUCUGUCAGUAUAUUUGAACCUUUCUCCAGUACUUAGGAAGUUAAUAAUCAUCAUUUAAAUUCUUAAUAAUAAACACCUACUCUUAAUGCAUUAAAUUAGAAUGAUGAAGAUUUCGAAGAGUCUUUUGAUAAAAUUUUAGUUAAAAACAAAAUAAAGGAUUUGUAAGGGGAUAAAUUAAAAGUAAAAGAGUACUUAGAAGAUCUGAUGAAUAAGUUAGAUAAUGUUAGAGUUUUAUCUUAAUAAAAGCUAGAUAAAAUAGAGAACAAAAAGUUACAGUUGCAUGAAUUCUACGAGUGCUAAAAACAAAUAAUUUUAGAAAAAAUGCUUGAAUUAAUAACAAUGAUUGAGCAAGAGAAAUAAGUCAGCUUACAGAACAUUGAAUAAUAAAAAGGAAAUGGCAUGCUGGAGUUGAAUGGAAUCGAGUAAAAUCUUAAGCAGUAAAUGAAAGAUAUGAAAAACAUAAGAUGUGAUAUCAAAGAUAAUAUUAGCAAUAUUUUUAAUAAUCUUGAUCUAAAGCCUUUCAAGGUGAUUUACAACAAAUACAACGAUAAACUAGAGCAGUUUUAAGAAAGUAUUAAUAAAGUAGAUAUGUCUUAUUUAAGUUACCAGAUACUAAAACCAAGUAGUAUUUCGACUUACAUCAGCCUUCUAACAAAUAAAUAAAAUAAUCCAUUUUAAUUAGAAACAAAAUCAGAGAUAUUAAAUUUCAAUCUUACUCAACAUUUGCAAAGCAUUUUUCCUUAAAAUUUAUAAACAACAAACAAAAAAGAAAGAUAAUCGUUUGUUAAUAACGAUGAAAAGCUGAAUGAAGAUAUUAAAUAAAGACAGCACACUCCUUAGAGCAAAUAAGAAUAAACAUAUGGUGAUAUUACUCAUGAAGAUACACCUAGGAAUAAUGAUAAAACAAUCCAAAGCAAUAAAGAAUAAAAUAACAGAUAAAAUACAAGAGAAAACCAAGUUUAUGUGUCAUUCAAUAAUAAAAAUAUCUUCUAGAACGACCUUGCAAACCACAUUGAGACUCUUAAUGAUGAGCAAAAUCAAGAACCUAUUCCUAUGGUUUCACUGAAUCUGUCAAGUAAUAAAUAAAGCUCAGAUGAUGAUAUACAAGGCUUUGCAAAACCCUCAGAGUAAACAAAACUAAAAAUUCAAAAACUUUUGAAAGAAGAAUCAAAGGAUAAUGAAAAAGGAAUAUUUAUUAUCAAAGAAGAAGAAGCAAAUAAUAACAAUUCAUUAUCUAAUUAAAUUUGUUCAUCAUCUCACUAGCGUAACUCAAACUAAUUCAACUCAGUAUCAUCUAAUUAAUAUAAUUCAAAUUAAUUUGGAUCAAAUUAAAUGAUAGAUUCUCAAAUCUAAAAUUUUGGCUCAAUUAAAUAAGAUUCUACUCAGCUUCCCAGCAUUAAUGCUCACCUUGUAAAUUCCUAGAACGAAUAUGGGCUAAUAAAUAACAUUAGUAAAGAAAGUAUUGACAUUAUUAAUCUUGACACUUAUAAACAAAGUACACUAUUAAAGCAGACAUCACCUUCAAGAAACUCUCAAAAUUCACAAAAUGGAGUAAGUAAAGGAAGGUCAACCUGCAAAUCCCCAAAUAGCUUGAAGUAUUUAGAGCUAAUUGACAAAAUUAAUACAAAUCAAUUAAAUACAAAUAUUUUCUAUCAGACAUUAAUCAGAGACAACCAAAUAACAUCCUCUAGCUAAGACAAUGCACCAUCAUCAACUAAUACAUUUGCAACAUAACUCUAAAAAAUGUAAAUUAACAACAACAAUAGCAAUUAUCUAGAUCCUAAUAAAUCUUUAACAUAGCAAAAUAAAACAAUUAGUGAUUUGAAUAAUUCACUGAAUAUAUAAUAAAGUCAAGUAAUAUUCAAUGACCCUAUAUAAAAGUAGAGCAAUAGUAUUGUUGAAAUUGGAAGUAUUUCCCCUAUCUCUGUAUUGGCAACUCCUAAUAGUAACUAUUAUAUAUCUUCUGCCGUAAAUACUACCUAGUCUAAACGCUUGUCAAGCCCUACAAUAGCUAGAACAAUUACCUUACCAGGCGCACAAUAAAAUCACAACUACUAGAAAAAACUAUUUUGA